CGAGAGGGAACAUUACAGAGAAGGCGCUUGGUCUCUCGACAACUUUUUUACCUCGACGCAUGAGCAUACAUUGGUGACAGAUGAGUGCGUUUAUUUACCACGCGUGGACGAGAAGAAACCCGGCCCUGAGGGGGAGAUGACAAAGGAGGAUGUUUCAGAGCCUGCCGAGGGAGACACUGUGUUGGGCUGGGCUUCUUCCCAUCAGCGGCCGGUUAUCCAUCAGGUGGCCUCUGCACCCAUGCCCAGUGACUGUGAGUUCUCCUUCUUUGACCCCAGCGAGCCGCAGUGCAGGGAGGUUCUUCUGGAUCCCAGCACCACCAUACCAGAGUUGUUCGCUGUCCUCAGGCAGUGGGUUCCCCAGGUUCAGAAGAACAUCAAUCAUAUUGGCAAUGAGAUCCUGAAGAGAGGCUGCGGUGUGAAUGAUCGAGAUGGCCUGACAGAUAUGAGCCUCUUGCACUACUGCUGCAAGGCCGGAGCCCCGGGCAUCGGUGAUGCAGAGACAGCAGCCAGCUUUGCUCGCCAGCUCCUUGCCCUGGGUGCUGAUCCAAACCUUCGCUCACGUUGGACUAACAUGAGGGCUCUGCACUAUGCUGCUUACUUCGACGUGCCACAGCUCAUCCGGGUGGUGUUGCAAGCCUCCCAGCCUGGCGAGGUAGAUGCCACCUGCAGUGAUUUUGACUUUGGCACGGCCCUGCACAUCGCUGCAUCCAACCUGUGCAUGUCAGCUGUCAAAUGUCUCUUGGAGCUGGGAGCCAACCCUGCUUUCAGAAACGAAAAAGGGCAGUGCCCAGCAGACGUGGUGCCUGACCCCCUCGACAUGCCCCUGGAGAUGGCAGAUGCAGCCGCCGUGGCCAAAGAGCUCCGGACUUUGCUAAGACAGGCUUUACCCAGACCAAGCUCCCCUCUGCCCCUCACACUGCAAGCCCAGUCCCUUCCUACUCUUUCCGAUAAGGCCAGGAUACAGCUCGCCACCAUGGGAAUCCGACUAGGUGACUGUGUCGUGAUUGCUGGACAGAAGGUCGGAACCUUGCGAUUCUGCGGCAGCACUGAGUUCUCUGGAGGCCUCUGGGCCGGAGUGGAGCUGGACAAACCAGAGGGGAAGAACGAUGGCUCAGUAGCAGGGGUUCAGUAUUUCACCUGUCGAAUGAAACAUGGAAUCUUUGCUCCCCUCUCUAAGAUCAGCAAACCAUUGGAAAGACAUAAAACCAUCACCACAAAGACGUCUACACCCAUACGCCCCCCUCGACGCAUUGACCUGUCCCGCAUCACCUCCAAGAUCAACACAGGUGUUCUCUCUCGCUCUCUCUCCUCUUCGUCCUCUUCACUGGACUCACGGCAUGGGCCAGGUGCCCGACCUCGGCCGCUACCAAGGCAACGUGUACCUGCCAGGCCGCGAAGGCAGCGUGUUUCCCCGAGUCCCAGGACCACGCCCUCACCAGCUCCACUCCGCUCUUCACCUGAUACUGCUGCACUUACUGUUGCAGCUCAUCGAAGCCGAACCCCUUCAGCUAGCAGCUCUGUGUGUGGGGGCCCCGAGCUGCGCCUGGGGGAGAGGGUGCUGGUGGUAGGCCAGAGAACUGGUGUAGUCCAAUUCUAUGGAAAGACCAGCUUUGCUCCAGGACUCUGGUUGGGCAUUAAACUGGACAAGCCAAGCGGUAAAAAUGAUGGAUCAGUGGGAGGAGUGAGGUACUUCAGCUGCCCACCAAAACAUGGUGUCUUUGCUCCACCAUCUCGUGUACAAAGGAUCCAUGGAUCUGUUGAUUGCCUCUCAGAGCUCUCCUCCUCACACCUCAGUCAUUCUUUCAGUGGGACAAUCCGCCGCAGUUUCAGCACAUCAUCAGCCAUCGCCACCCCGAAGGAGACGAGCAGAAGAAGUCCUGUUACCAGGAGUCGUUCCACUCCUCACCGUCGGCGCUGGAGCACCCUCAGCGGCGGUGUCGGUGUUCCUGGGAGCACGGCUGGGUCCAGCCCCUUGCCCAGCUCUGACGGACAGGUGUGCCUCCACGUGGGCAUGCAGGUCCUGCUCACUAGUGCCAAUGAGAUGGCGUUCAUCCGUUACCUCGGCACAGCGGACUUUGCCCCUGGCCUUUGGCUUGGACUGGAGCUUCGAAGCCCUAAGGGCAAGAAUGAUGGCUCUGUGGGCGGCCGCCGUUACUUUACCUGUCGACCCAGCCAUGGUGUUUUGGUUCGUCCCAGCCGUGUCACCUACCGUGGCAUCAAUGGUUCUCGCCUGGUGAAGGAAAACAGCUGAGGACUGUGGGAAAUGGGGAAAUGUUUGACUAAUGGUUUCUUCAAAGCAAAGGUUUUCAGUUUAAACUUCUUGUUCUUUUCUGCAUUGCACAUGAUUUUCUCAUUCAAAUAGUUAGUCCUCUGUGCUCUUCCUGAGGUGGUGUGAGUUAUAAAACCACUUAUUAAUAGUUCAAAUUUAAACUACUAGAUUUCAUUUUUGGGAAAAUGUUGGAGGGAAAGAAAGCACUUUAAAUUCUUAUUAGAAUUUGUCUUGGCUGGAUGCAGGGAAAGUCUUAAUAGGACAUAAAACGCUGCACUACUUUGAAUCUGAUUGCACUGACAAAAAAAAUAUGAUAGAUCAGAUAAACUGGGUGGUAUGGGUGCACACACAUGAAAACUAUUUCUAUACCCAAAGCUAAUUUUGAUCACAGCAACUAAAGAUUUUUAUCAGAUAAUUUAGGUGGUAAUGUAGCCUAUUCUCUAACCAAAAGUGUGCAUGUGUUUGUGGUCAUACGCGCGUGUGCAUGUGUGUAUUCAUUAAGAGCACUUUGAAACAAGAGAAUAUUUUAUCCAGGGUCGUCGUGGGAUUUAUAGGACAGAUAAUUGAUGGAAGUUGAGUCAAAACUGGAUUCUCAGUUUAUAAAUUAAUGAGCACGAUUUAAUUAAGCCUAGAUCUGUAUCAGCUUCCGUCACAAAACACCUGCAUCAUCAGAGGUUUUCUCCUACGUACAUCAGUCUCUGCCACAGAUAAUUGAUGAUUAUAUCUAGUAUGGUGACAUAAAUCCUACCUUGCCCCUUUGGGCUAUGAUUCUCUUAUGGUUAGUGGACUGUUGCUGAGGUGAUGAUGUAAUUCAAGUGCACAGUCUAUUAAAUAAAAACACUGAAGGUUCCCUUGAUAAAUAUAGAUUAACCUGACUUGUGUCGGGGUUGAGGUUUCAAACCUCUUUCCUUCUGAGCAUCAGAGCUGUCACAAUAAUGUCACAUUUUCAGUUCUCACAACCUUGAAUGUGAUUGUGUAGUUUGAAAUGGCAACUGCUGUAUCAGACCUGACAGCGCUUCAUUACAGUAUGGUAUCAUUACAUUUGUUAAAGACCAGGAUUAGACUCUGCAUCAUUGUAUCUGACGCUUAAUUAAAGCAGCUUGACACAGGAAAUAUGCAGUUGUCCAGAAGUUUCGGGGAUGGCGUUUGCUAUUUGAUUAAGAGCCGUCUGGGCAACGAGCCAUCGAUUGUCCAUGUGGAAAACGGGCCAGCUAUUCAGUAAAAUACUCAUGUUCCAUCCAAUUAGGGCGUGUAGGCCACAACAGUAGCCCCAGAAUCCUGAAUGGCCUUCUCUCAUUGAUCUGCCUUGUCAGGGCGCCAGUGAUUGAAAAGCAGCAGUGCUCAGAGAGCAAGGUUGUCUGAAAUGCAGCCUUUUUUCAUUUCUAUUAAAACAUUUUAAUCAACACUUUCUUCUUUGAAAAUGGCCUCUCAUUUGCAUUAAGGCCAUCUCUGUGAUCAUUUCUGUGGCAUUUGUUAGUGUUCCACAUUUCAAGUCUCCUCUCGAAAUAAACUCCUGUAUUUUCAUGUAUCUGAAAUCUGAAUUGUAUUUCAGCAUGAGUGAUUUCAAAUUCAUCUUUCGACGCUGCGUCCUCGUGGGUAAUAGAGGAUAGUUUUCUUUCUUUUUUUCAUGAAAUUCCUGAUACGUAUAUUUGAAGUGUGUGUGAGAGGGAUUUGGUCUGAUGCAUUUACAUGUUGUGGGAAAUAACAGUAUUUGUAAAAAAGAAAUAAAAUAUUCUAUUCUAA